GAUAAUUCUGUCAUUGAUCUAAUUAUGAUUAAUUUAUGGUUAAGAGGUUGUUGUCGGACGAAAUCAUCACUGUUCCAAUCGGUUAUUUGUAAACCAUUGGUCUCAACAUUUGACUCUCAUCGUUGUUUAUGUUCAGAGAAAAUUGGUAAACAAUUAACGAAGAUUAAUAAAAACAAAGAAAUCAAAGGUUAUUUUGUUGAAGAUUUUAAUGUGAAAGGACAAGCUUUUUGGGAAGUUUCAACAAGACUCGCCUCUGGUUCCAUAAUUUAUGUGAUAUCUUCAGCAUUAGCGGCCGGAGGAUCUGUUUACAUAAUGUCAACACCUUUUGCAUUGGAUUUGAUUGAAAGAAUCAAUUUGGUUGACUUAAUUUCGUAUUUCGAUUUACCUGAUGAUUUAAAUCCAUGGAAAUUAUUUACCAUCACACUGUAUCUUUUCACUGAACCAAUUCGCAUAAUUGUUUCUUACGUAUUUUCUAAUCGAAUUAGAAAUUUUCUCUACAAGAAAAAAUUCUUCUCAGAUCCAAAAUACAAACCAUUUAAAGGCGAAAAAGAUUACGACGAAGAGAAAAUUGGUAAAUUUUAAUUGUUUCGGUUAAUUGUUACUCCAUCUCAAUUGGACUUUGAUUCCUGAUUAUUUAUGUCGUCAUGUUAUCCAGAUAAUUUGUUAAUCAUGUUUAACAUCUUAAACCCCAAUGGAAACAAAGUCUCGGAACCAAAACAAAUCAACGUGAUCAACAUAAUUCAACAAUUAACUCAAUUUGUUAAAUUUAAAUGUACAAAAAUCAAUAAUUUACAAAAAUUUAUGUAUUAACAUCAAUGAAACAUCAUCAACAUUUUUUAUUGAAAACAUAUCGAGAGAAUCAACUAAAUUAAUCUUGAUAGCCUUGUAAUCCCAACAAUUAAACACAAUAGUUAUUAACCAUCAUGUUGAUAUUAGUGAUUAAAUAUAAAUGUAUAUUAAAAAAAAAGGUGAUAAAGGUUAAUGAUUUAAUGAUUUUAAUCAACAAGACAAAAAAUUAACAAACAACUAAACAAAUGAUUCAGUUUAUGAUUAACAAUUAACUCUAACUGUUGAUUUGUUUUCAUAGUUUUUCACUUAAGUUCAAUUGUUUCAUUGUUUAAUUGUUCAUCUCGUUGUUUUCGCCAACAAUUAGUCUUCUAAUUAAAGUGAAUUAGGAAAAACAAUCUCGAUGGCGAUUCUAACACAGAAAACUGAAUACAAUGCAACCAAAAUGAACACUUUGAGUUACCUUGAAUUCACUGGAACUUUCAAAAUUUGCUUAAUUGUUUUAAUUAUUCCUCUAUUAGUUUAUUAUACUCUUCUGUUAACUGCGUCCAUGGUAAUGGCCUAUUUCGUCCACCCGAUCGAUUCCAACAAAGUGAUCUGUUUCUCUCUCCUGGUCUGUUGGACGAUCUCUGGUCUGUCGACUUCGUUGGCCUCGUUUAUUUUGAUAAUUAAGUUCAAACGAUCAACAAUCAUCUUCAGUUUAGCCUCAUUAUCGGCGACGAUGUUGUUUGAAUAUUCAUUGACUCUCUAUGAAAUUCGUCAACCAAGAGCUUAUUUUUUCACUCAUAUUAUGAUCAUCAUACAAUUAGGACUAAUUGCAAUUCUCGCUGCGGUCGCUCACAGGAUGAGGAUGUCAGCGAAAAACAAUUUACAAUUUAAUGAUUAUCAAGACAUUAAAGGUGUUUAUUCAUUGUGAAUAUCUUUCAUCAUCAAUUAA